GCUCGCCCGUGAAGCUCCAUCCCAUCUCGACCUAAUUCGACCAGCCGAGACCCAACCUACCUCACGCCUCACCGACUCCUCGCCUCGCCGGCCGUGACGGAGAAGCAGUACGUCGCUGGCGAUAAGUACACUGGCACAUCCACCAUGGCUACCGUCCGCAGCCUCGACCAUACCAAGUCCGAGGCCGAGCUCGCCAUCAAUAUCAGGAAAGCCACUAGUGCCGAAGAGACAGCGCCGAAACGAAAACAUGUGCGAAGCUGCAUUGUCUAUACCUGGGACCACAAAUCCUCCCAGUCCUUCUGGGCUGGCAUGAAAGUGCAACCCAUUUUAGCCGACGAAGUGCAAACAUUCAAGGCUCUGAUCACCAUUCAUCGCGUCCUACAAGAGGGCCACCCGCAGACGUUGAGAGAAGCGAUGGCGAACCGACAGUGGAUCGAUAGCCUAAAUCGAGGGCUCUCCGGCGAGGGUGUCCGUGGCUACGGCCCCCUGAUCCGAGAUUAUGUGUAUUUCUUGCUGGCAAAAUUAUCUUUCCAUCAGCAGCACCCUGAGUUCAAUGGCACCUUUGAGUACGAGGAAUACAUCAGUCUGAAGGCCAUUAACGAUCCUAACGAAGGCUACGAGACCAUUACCGACCUUAUGGGCCUCCAAGACAAGAUCGAGCAAUUCCAGAAGUUAAUCUUCUCACAUUUCCGCGGCGUAGGCAAUAACGAGUGUAGAAUAUCAGCCAUCGUCCCGCUGGUGCAGGAGAGUUACGGAAUUUACAAGUUCAUCACAAGCAUGCUGCGAGCCAUGCAUUCCACGACCGGUGACAACGACGCCCUGGAGCCUCUGAGGCAACGCUACGACGCUCAGCAUUACCGGUUGGUUAAGUUCUACUAUGAAUGUUCGAACCUGCGGUACUUGACCAGAUUGAUCUCCAUCCCGAAACUACCCCAAGAUCCACCCAACUUGCUCGCGGACGACGAAAAUGCGCCAGCCCUGCCGGCCCGCCCGAAGCAGGAGAUCGAGCGUCAACCCACCCCCGUCCCCCAGCCCAAGACCGAGGAGCCCGGCGAGAUUGCCGAAUUCUGGCAGGGCGAGAUCGACCGGCAGAAUAAGGAGUACGAGGAGCAGCAGCGGGUGCUGCAUGAACGUCAGCAAGCCGCUCUUCGUGCCCAGCAGGAAGCCCAGUUACAAGCGCAGCGGGACUUCGAAGAACAGCAGAGACGCCUGGCAGAGCAACAGCGGAGGGAGCAAGAGGCAUUGCUGGCCCAGCAGGCACAGUGGCAGACGCAAGGAAGGCUGGCUGAGCUCGAACAAGAAAACUUGAACGCGAGGGCGCAGUAUGAACGGGACCAGCUCAUGCUGCAGCAGUACGAUCAACGGGUCAAAGCCCUCGAGAGCGAGCUAUCGCAAAUCCAGAACAAUUUUGGCCAGCAGAUAACUAGCAAGGACGACCAGAUCCGGGCGCUCCAGGAACAGGUCAACACAUGGCGAACGAAAUACGAGGCCUUAGCAAAGCUCUACUCCCAAUUACGCCACGAGCAUCUCGAUCUGCUCCAGAAGUUUAAGACGGUUCAGCUAAAGGCUGCGUCGGCACAAGAAGCUAUCGAGAGGCGCGAGAAGCUAGAGCGCGAAAUCAAGACAAAGAAUCUGGAGUUGGCAGAUAUGAUCCGGGAACGAGAUCGGGCGCUUCACGAUAAGGAUAGGCUGAGCGGCAGUAAUAAGGACGAAGUCGAGAAGUUGAAGCGAGAGCUGCGUAUGGCGAAUGACAGGGCCGAUAACCUGGAGCGAAGCAAAGGGAACGAGUUGUCCUCCAUGCUCGCCAAGUAUAACCGAGAGAUGUCUGAUCUAGAAGAGGCCCUGCGGACCAAGUCCCGCGCCCUGGACGAGGCCCAGGCGAAGCUCCGGGACGGUAGCUCAGAUCUCGAGCAACUUCUCCGUGACAAGGAGGAGGAGCUCGAAGUUUACAAAGCCGGCAUGGACCAAACCUUGCUCGAGUUGGACGAAUUGAAGCGUAACCAAGGCGACACAGACCAGGUCCUGGACGGCCAGAUCGAUGUGUUGAUAAUGGCCAACCUGGACAAGAUCAAUGAUAUCAUCGACUCAGUGCUGCAAGCGGGAGUCUCUCGAAUCGACGACGCGUUGUACGAGCUGGAUUCGACGAUGCAGGCUGGCAACCAGAAUGCGUCGCCAUCAUACGUGCUGUCUCAAAUCGAAAAGGCCGCGUCAAGUGCGACAGAAUUUGCUACCGCCUUCAACGGCUUCAUUGCCGAUGGUCCCAACGCCAGCCAUGCGGAUCUGAUCAAAGCAAUAAACGUCUACGCGGGAGCCACGGCGGAUGUUUGCAGCAACACCAAGGGUCUGACCCGCCUUGCUACUGACGACAAGAAGUCCGAUCAGCUCAUGAACGGUGCACGUGUGGCUGCCCAGGCUACUGUCAAGUUUUUCCGCAGCCUCCAGAGCUUCCGGCUGGAAGGCAUGGACGCCUUGCAGAAGACCGAUGUUGUUAUCAACGGUAACAGCGAUGUUCGUCUAAACCUGCAGAAGUUGACCGCCCUUGUCGAGACCUUCGCCCCGGGAUUCGGCCGACUAGCAAACAACAAGGGUGAUCUAGGCGACCUCGUCGAUUCGGAGUUGAGCAAGGCAGCAGACGCCAUCGCCGCAGCUGCUGCUCGCCUGGCUAAGCUGAAGAACAAGCCUCGGGACGGAUACUCGACAUACGAACUCAAAGUUCACGAUUCUAUCCUCGACGCCGCCUCGGCGGUCACUAACGCCAUCGCCCAACUGAUUAAGGCUGCCACCGCCACACAGCAAGAAAUCGUCCAAGCAGGACGGGGCACGUCGUCGAGGACGGCCUUCUACAAGAAGAACAACCGGUGGACCGAGGGUCUCAUCUCAGCGGCGAAAGCGGUGGCGAGAUCGACCAACACCCUCAUCGAAACGGCGGAUGGUGUGCUGUCUGACCGCAACAGCCCGGAGCAGCUGAUCGUGGCGUCGAACGACGUGGCGGCAUCGACGGCGCAGCUCGUGGCCGCGAGCCGCGUCAAGGCCGGGUUCAUGAGCAAGAGCCAGGAAAGCCUCGAGCAGGCGAGCAAGGCGGUCGGGGCAGCGUGCCGCGCGCUCGUGCGCCAGGUGCAGAACAUGAUCAAGGACCGCAACCAGGAGGAUGAUGCGGUCGACUACAGCAAGCUCAACCCGCACGACUUCAAGGUUCGGGAGAUGGAGCAGCAGGUCGAAAUUCUGCAGCUCGAGAACUCGCUGGCGGCCGCAAGACACCGGCUCGGCGAGAUGCGCAAGAUCUCAUACCAGGAGGACUAGAGGGAGCAUGCGUGAGAAGGGGGAAUGGGGAGAUGAGGUACGGGUUUCUUGGAAAGUGGGCGGUUGGUGGUUAUUACCAGCAGAGACCACGAUUGUUAUCUUUUUUUCCUUCUGCUUCUCGUCUCACUUCUCUUCCUACAAGUAAUCCUUGCAAAA